CGAGCAGCAAUAUAUCAUCGGCACCCUGCUGCAUGUUGUCACUGGCCAUGUUUGAGGUUUGGCUGCAGAGGACAAAACAUCGGGCUCUGUAGGAGGAACUCAUUCAGGUGGUCUGGCAGCUUUUCCAGGUUUCACUCUGAAGAAUGGAAGGUCUCUACUUUAACAGCAGCUCACAGAACCAAAGCUAUGGUUACAGCAGCACCACCUUCAAAUACCAUAUUGACCCAGUAGAAGUGGUGACAUACAUAGUUGUUGCUGUCGGCCUUCCUCUGACCCUGGUGGCCAUCUAUGCUCUUUAUUCUAUGGUGAGAAGAGAUCAUGUUGCUCCCAUCUACCUCAUCAACCUUCUCAUUUCUGACAUCCUUCAGCUCUGCUACAUGAUUGUUAAGGUGGCACCAAAUGUUUGUGGAACGAUAUCUGAGAUGUUCUUUUAUAUUUACUACUCUGCCUUAUUGGCCAGUGUUUUCUUCAUGGUCUGCAUCUCCCUGGAAAGGUAUUUGGUCAUCGCCCACCCACUGUGGUACCGCUUCAGACGAACCAUCAAGACCUCUGUGGUGAUCUGUGUCCUGGUCUGGGUCCUUACUCCUCCCUUUUUGGUCAUUUCUUGGUUUUAUAGUGUGAAUCCAAACAUACUCGCCGUCCUCCUCCUCCUUCCCUUCCCACUGUUAAUCUUCUUCCUGGUUGGGACCCUCAAAGCCCUGUCUGCUUCCAUCUCGGUCCCCUCUGAUGGAAAACGACGAAUUGUGGGAAUUUUGGUUCUGGUGCUGCUUAUUUACACGCUGCUGUUCCUGCCCAGCAUCAUUUUGAUCCUACACAAAAAGUAUGUCCCGACCCUUAACAGUCUGUCUCUCAUCUUCAUCAGGCUGAGUCCUCUUGCAGACUUGUUCCUGUAUGUCUUCAUGAGGAAAGGGUUCAUAGACAAGCUUUUGUCCUCUGUGUGUUGCUGCAGAAUGGACAGCAAUGAUAUCAGCAGUCCAUCAGUAUGAAUGAUGACAACAUUUCCACAGUCAGCUUCAUGUAGGCAGAGAAAGAGGGAGAGAGAGAAAGGGGAGGAAA